GGAGCGGCAGCUCAGCUCCGUCGGUUCAGUCGGCAGCCGUCCACAUAGCUGUCUAUAUUCCCCUUUUCUUAAAUUAGCCACUUUAAGCUUCGCGAUACCGCCCCCAAUUUCAGCGUCGGUACGGAGCCGCCAGGCCGGGACAGAGACGGAGAGAGAGGCCUCGGACAUGGAAGCGCUCGGACCCGGGCCACCAGCCCCAACCUCUCUCUUCCAGCCUCCACGUCGUCCCGGCCUUGGCACGGUGGGGAAACCCAUCCGGCUCCUUGCCAACCACUUCCAGGUGCAGAUUCCCAAGAUUGAUGUCUAUCACUAUGAUAUCGACAUCAAGCCUGAGAAACGGCCUCGGAGGGUCAACAGGGAGGUGGUGGACACCAUGGUGCGGCACUUCAAGAUGCAGAUCUUUGGAGACCGACAGCCUGGGUAUGAUGGGAAGAGGAACAUGUACACAGCACAUCCACUGCCUAUAGGAAGAGACAGGGUGGAUCUGGAGGUGACACUGCCUGGCGAGGGGAAGGAUCAGACGUUCAAGGUGUCUUUGCAGUGGGUGUCUGUGGUCAGUCUUCAGAUGUUGCUUGAAGCUCUGUCCGGUCACCUAAACGAAGUCCCCGAAGACUCUGUUCAGGCUCUGGACGUCAUCACACGACAUCUGCCUUCCAUGAGGUACACUCCAGUGGGGCGUUCCUUUUUCUCCCCUCCGGAGGGAUAUUAUCAUCCUCUGGGUGGAGGCAGGGAGGUGUGGUUUGGUUUCCAUCAGUCUGUCCGUCCAGCCAUGUGGAACAUGAUGCUCAACAUCGAUGUGUCCGCCACUGCUUUCUACCGUGCUCAGCCUGUGAUAGAGUUCAUGUGCGAGGUGCUGGAUAUCCAGAACAUCAACGAACAGACCAAACCACUGACUGACUCGCAGCGUGUCAAAUUCACCAAGGAAAUAAGAGGGUUAAAAGUUGAGGUCACACAUUGUGGUCAGAUGAAGAGGAAGUAUCGUGUGUGCAAUGUCACACGUCGACCUGCCAGCCACCAAACGUUCCCCUUACAACUCGAGAACGGCCAAGCCAUGGAGUGCACAGUAGCUCAGUAUUUCAAGCAGAAGUACAAUCUGCAGCUCAAGUAUCCACAUUUACCCUGUCUCCAAGUAGGGCAGGAACAGAAGCACACUUAUCUUCCCCUGGAGGUCUGCAACAUCGUGGCAGGCCAGCGCUGUAUCAAGAAACUGACAGACAACCAAACAUCCACCAUGAUUAAAGCGACAGCUCGUUCAGCCCCCGACAGACAGGAGGAGAUCAGCAGACUGGUCAAAAGCAACAGCAUGGUCGGGGGCCCAGAUCCGUACCUGAAAGAAUUUGGCAUUGUGGUGCACAAUGACAUGACGGAGGUGACCGGUCGUGUUCUCCCAGCUCCCAUGCUGCAGUAUGGGGGCCGGGUGAGUACAGACACAGGGAGGGACUGUGGCAGGGGACUCUCUCCGCAGAAUAAAACCGUGGCUACACCCAAUCAGGGUGUGUGGGACAUGAGAGGGAAGCAGUUCUACGCCGGCAUUGAGAUCAAGGUGUGGGCCGUGGCCUGCUUCGCUCCACAGAAACAGUGUCGGGAGGACCUGCUCAAGAGCUUCACUGACCAGCUACGGAAGAUCUCAAAGGAUGCUGGGAUGCCCAUUCAAGGCCAGCCCUGUUUCUGUAAAUACGCCCAGGGAGCCGACAGCGUGGAGCCCAUGUUCAAACACCUCAAACUGUCUUAUGUAGGUCUGCAGCUGAUUGUGGUCAUCCUUCCUGGCAAAACACCGGUGUACGCUGAGGUAAAGCGUGUGGGCGAUACUCUCCUCGGCAUGGCCACCCAGUGUGUCCAGGUGAAGAACGUAGUGAAGACGUCGCCUCAGACACUCUCUAACCUCUGCCUCAAGAUCAACGCCAAGCUGGGAGGCAUCAACAACGUCCUGGUGCCUCAUCAGAGGCCCUCUGUGUUCCAGCAGCCGGUCAUCUUCUUAGGGGCUGAUGUGACGCAUCCACCAGCAGGUGACGGGAAGAAGCCGUCCAUCGCGGCAGUGGUGGGCAGCAUGGACGGCCACCCCAGCAGAUACUGUGCGACAGUGCGUGUCCAGACUUCUCGACAAGACAUUUCCCAGGUAUCCCAGGAUUCCCAGGAGCAGUUCUUCAGCCAGGAGGUAAUCCAAGACCUGACCAACAUGGUGCGGGAGCUGCUCAUACAGUUCUACAAAUCCACGCGCUUCAAGCCCACACGCAUCAUCUAUUAUCGUGGCGGUGUGUCUGAGGGACAAAUGAAACAGGUGGCAUGGCCAGAGCUGAUAGCCAUCCGCAAAGCAUGUAUCAGUCUGGAGGAGGAUUAUAGACCGGGCAUUACCUACAUCGUGGUCCAGAAACGCCACCACACUCGGCUCUUCUGCUCCGACAAAGCCGAGAGGGUUGGGAAGAGUGGUAAUGUCCCAGCUGGCACCACGGUGGACAGUACCAUCACACACCCGUCCGAGUUUGACUUCUACCUGUGCAGCCAUGCUGGGAUCCAGGGAACCAGCCGUCCCUCCCACUACCACGUCCUGUGGGAUGACAACUGUUUCACGGCUGACGAGCUGCAGCUCCUCACCUACCAGCUGUGCCACACCUACGUCCGCUGCACUCGCUCCGUCUCCAUCCCGGCGCCGGCCUACUACGCCAGGCUGGUGGCUUUCCGAGCCCGCUAUCACCUGGUGGACAAAGACCAUGACAGUGCUGAAGGCAGCCACGUGUCGGGCCAGAGUAACGGUCGGGACCCUCAGGCUCUGGCCAAGGCGGUUCAGAUCCACUAUGACACCCAGCACACCAUGUACUUCGCCUGAGCUCUCAGGCCCAUCAACCAGUCCACCUGCGGAUUCCCUACUUUGUUUCUGUCUUUUUAUUUCUUAUUUACCAGUCUGUGUCUCGCUUGUUUCCUCCCAUAUCUCUGUCUCUCUUUUUGUAGUCCAUCUCCUUCUCUUCAUCGUCACUCUACAUUUUCUGAAUCUGCACCAAAGCGGCUCUUGGACGAGAGAAUCUGUCGCGACUCCCUUUUUGUCCCGCAGUUUCUUAUUUAAUUUUAAUUUUUUUUAUAUAUAUAUAUAUAUAUACACGGAACAAUUUCCAACCAGCGUUCCCAGUCGAGCCGCCUUUCUAACCAGCAAUCCAGCACUGUGAGCCUGUAAGAGGGUUCACGUGCGCAAAAAAAGAAAAGAAAAAAAAAACGUGAAAAAACAAAAACAAACCAUACAUACACACACGCGUAUAUAUACACACAUAUAUGUGUAUAUAUAUAUAUAUAUAUAUAUGUGUGUGUAUAUAUACUACACGUUGAGCCAUUACUUUUCAGUUUGUUUUUGUUUUUUCUAUUUGAAUGUCUGCACUCUUGUGUUUGUAACAUACACUGAGCGAAGGGAGUGGUUUGGCACAGUCCGUGUCGGCGCAGCUCUUUAGCUCUCCCAGCUAAGCAGGACUCGUAUCUACUUUUACCUCAAAGCCUCUUUGGGCAAACUCUGUCACAAGGUCUUGGGUUUAUUGGGUUGCGGGGAGGGAACUCGAUAUGAAAAGAGAUGGAGGGGGAGUUGACCUUUUGAGAAUGAUAUAUAUAUACACACACAUAUAUAUAUAGUAUAUAUUUUGUUUCUUUUUAAGAGCGUGUGUUUUAACUUUUUCUCCUUAUAACAGUCUUUUACAAGCAAGGUGACCAGGGUGUCCAUGCCCAUCAUUACUUUUCUCCCAUCUUGACAAAGAAUAUGCUAGUGUGUGUGUGUGUGCAUGCGUCCAUUUCUGUGUGUGUGUGUGUGCAUCUCUGUAUAUACAUGUACUGCUGUCUGAGAGUGUGUGUGUGUGUGUGUGUGAAUGUGUUUAAUGGCAGGCCACUGAAUUGUAAAGGGAAAUCAAGGAGAUAACUGCUGUAAAUGCCUCAGAUUUGUUUUUAUAUUCACACAUACAGUACAAAUAGGCAUAUAUUUACAUCUCUAGAGACGGUUUUUGAGACACGCGAGUUAAAGCUGGCUUCACGGAGGCUGGUGGCGGGUAUUUGUAUCAGUCCUGGGUCACUUCUGAAUUGAAAUGACUUGAGUUGUUUUGGUGCGUGGGCCUGCGGCGAGUGCGAGCUGGCCUGGGUUUGCUUAUUUGCCUCGUAACGCCAUUAGAACCAAUGAAAAUAAGCAGCUUAAUCCAUUUUAAUUCAUAAGUGAAAUCAGGUCCAAUGUGUAGCAUUAGUAACUGAGGUCUGUGACUGGCUCAGCACUGGGACCUGUUGAUUGGCUGGAGGCCUUGCUUUCUGUUUGGCGAGUAGCAGGAUCUUACUUUUCCUUGGACCUGAGUAUCUGAAAGAUUAUACGACAACUUUUGUUGGAUGUUGCUUUUCUUUCUUCUUAUGUUGUUCUCAAAGUAGUUUCAAGAGCCAGAAACCAACAGGUUUUUUUUUGUUUAUUGUUGUUUUUUUCUUCGAGGUCUCCUUUGCUAAAUACUGGCCAACUCAUUGCACUGACCCAGGACGCUAGGCAAGCAACUGAGGGCACUCUCAAUCUCUCUUACCUUUUAUGCAUUUAUACAUAUGAACCAACAAAGCAGAUUUGUAAAAGUUUAAUAUAAGAUGUUUUGUGGUUAUCUUAAAAAAAACAAAAACAAAACGGUUGUUUAGAAUAAGUAGUAACCAUCGAUGUUGUUGUUGUUGUUAUCGUUGUUGUCACUGUUGUUACUAUUGUGAUGAAAUUUUAAAGGACGGCAGCAAAGCCAGUUAUAUAGUUACUAGUGCGACUUCAGGAAUAGACUUUGGUUGUUAAGCUGCAGGUUAAGGAGUAGAGAUUUCCUUUUUCGUUUUUCGUUUUUUUUGUUCUUUUUAGCAUUCUGGUUAAUGAGGAGAAGACGAAGGCCCCCAUGAUGGAUGAAUCCAUGCUUCCUCUGUAGGUUCUGAUGUAAGAUGUUCAGUAUGGAGUAUCACUCCAGCUGGUGAACGAGUUUGGCUGCAGUGUGUAACACUCGGCCGAUAUCGCCUGGUUUUGAUCCAAUGGAAGGAUCAUAGGCUGUAUAUAAAAAUGGACGUGGUCUUCCCGUAGAAAGUAGGACGGAAGUAGCAGUUACCCACCAAAUAUUCCAGCACAGACGUUAACCAGUCUGAUAAUGUAUAACUUUCAUCUCGGCAUUAACCAUGUUUUUGUCAAAGUGCACUCAACGAGCACUUAGCUACUCCUAUGAAAUAAGUUCAAAGCAUCGUGUGUGUGUGUGUGUGUGUGAGUCCAGUCUUGAGGCUCUCAAUCACUUGCACAUCAAAUAUGCAAAUAAGCAGACACCAGUGUGAUUGACAGCUAGUAUCAUCCAAUAGAUGACGCAGGUGACGCGUGGAGUUUAUGGUUUCUAAAACUAACAAAGUGCCGAUCUAAUCGCAUAUCUCAAGGCUUCAUAAAAGGAGUUUGUUUUUCAGUGGGAAGACCACGUGCAUUUUUCUAAACGGUCUAUGGGACGGAGAUAAUCGGAUAGUAAUCAGUUGAACCAAGAUUAAGGGAUUUGUUUCACCGUGGUUUGUGAUAGGCAAUGAGUUGAAUUUUUAGGCUUGUUUAAAAAAGCAAACAAACAAAAAAAACGGUUUUAUAUUACUCUGUGUGUAUUUGAAGUAUACCCAUGUUAAAGUCUCUACUAUUUAACAGUGUUUGUUUCCUGUUUUUAAUGCAUUUUUAACACUGGAUUUAAUGAAUUGACAAUAAGCAUAAGCACUGCCCUUGGACCCCACCGUACGAGCGCCCCACAAACCGUUGCCCGAGACAAAAACGUGACAUGGCGACUUUUGCGUCAGUGUUGUUGUGAUUGGAUGAAUAUGGAGGAGGAGGAGGAGGAGGAGGAGGGUCGGCGUGCACGCCUCAUCAGGGGGGCACAGCUCAGUGAAAACUCUUUUGUAAUAAACCACCCGUAAAGCAUCAGGUUUACUAUGAAUGAGUUUGAGCACCUGCCUGUUGUGGGCGUGGACGGCAGUGAAGAGGCAAGAGAGUGGGGGGGGAGAGUGGUGGUUGUGAGGGAGUUGUCCAGGCAUUGCAUGCAAUAAGUGUCGGUUUUUGUUUUUUUUAAAAAGGGGGCUGAUCCGUUGUAUUUUUAAAAAAACGUGCACUAGUUUUACAAAGCCAAGGUGGGCUGUGACUGAAUAUUCACGCGGCAUCUCUGAUAAGGAAUGAUUUGACGUUUUGAAUCACAAUAUUUUGAUUGAUAAACUCCAGCCAGAUUUAAAGGUUCACUCCCUGUUUGUAACAUGACAUUGCAAAGCAAUAUUAACCCAGUUCUUGUUUUCAAAUGUCAAAAAAAAAACAAAGCUAUAAUUCUACUCAUUGUGGUUGUCGGUCUAGUUUUGCUAUUGUGUCUGUACUUAUAUUAUAUAUAUAUAUUUUUUUUUUUUUUUUUUUGGUUUCAAUUUUGUGUUAAAUUUAUUUGCUUGUAUCAAUCAGUGGGAAUGUGCAUUUGGUGGAAUAGUUAAUGUAGGCCUUUAGACCGUUUUCUUUAAAAAAAAGUAACACAAUUUAGACUUUGCUCGCCUGCAUGCCAGAGUAUUGUCCUUUUUUUUUUAAAAAAAAGUAAAGAAAAUCUUUUUGGAAUCAUAUUUAUUAUGAGAAAGGAAAAAAAAUAUAAUUGCUUUUUCGUGGAGGGGGGGGGGUAAAUGUUUAUCAACUAUUUUAGACUAGCAAUAUUUGAUGUAUUUUAAAGAUUCCUACACUAACGUCAGUAAUUUGGGAGGUACAAGCUGUUGUCCGAGGCGAGGGGCUGCCGGCUCUUUGCGUCGCGUUGAAAUUCAAACGAGGUACUUUCUUCAAAUGUGCGCCCGUUAAAGAGCGGAGCCCCUCGCCUCUCUGCCAGGUUACCGCAGCGAGCAUCUGUUUUGGUCGCCUCGUCCCUGGUUUGUACCUUUUUGGCCAUGCCUUUUGAUGAUGGGAGGGUUACUCCUGUCUCCAUGGCAACUCUGCUGACCCCUCACAAAUGCACUUCCUCUUUGUGAAGGUGUCCCCAUGGCAUUGACAGAGCAGGAUUACCUCUUUUUAACAGUUUUUUUUUUAAAAUCCAUAGUUCUUUGUGUGCCCCAGUAGAAAGAGAGCAUGAGUUAUUUUUUAAAUUCCUCACUUUGAUAUAUUGUUAUAUCUGAACAGAUUUGUAACUUUCACAUUGUGUAUCGUGUAUUUUAUUUUCCCUUGUUGGUUUCUUUUUUUUGGGGGUGGGAGGGGGGGACGGGACUUAUUAUUGCUCUGCUCUGUAUACUUUUUUUUUCUUUUUUUUCUUUUCUGUGUGAUUGUCUAAUAGCAGUAGACCAGAAUUGGAACAUUCCAACUCUGUGAAUGGAACGUUCCAAUCCUGUGAUUGAACAGAACCCUCUCUGACCACUUGUUGAGAGGGUGGGUCAUGUUUUAACUCCUACCCGCCAGCAGAGGGCCAUUCACUUACUGUUAUUGCUAUUAUGUGACAUGUUCAAAUCAUUAUUUUUUUUUAGCCUGCAGGGAAUUCUUGUGUUAAUGUGCAAAGUAAUAAAUUGGUAUUUUAUGCCUAAAAACAAA